CACUUCGUCGGCAAGGGUUGCUGCUGGGUUGCUGGGAAGCUGCUUUCGCGCAAACCACGUGACUGCCAGACGUGCGCUCAGCAACGACUUCGACCCCAAAGGACGAUCAACCGAACCUCCACCGAGCAAGGCCACCGAGUCCCUAUAUAAGCCUUACAGCCAUGCCCAUCGCAAGCAUUGUCCGAGACAAGCUCACCAGGCUCCUGGUGUCAGAAACUGAAGUGUCGCGUCAAGCCCUCCGCCUUAUCGCCAACGACCGUACCGGCAAGUACCCGAAAAACACUCAGCUGAGAGCCAGGAUAGAGCUGCAUAAGAUGCCGAGAUACUCACGACCGACGGCUGUGCAUAACCGGUGUAUAGAAUCUGGAAGGACGAGGGGGCACGUAACGGAUUUCAAAGUGAGUCGGAUAGUAUUUAGGGAAAAGGCUCUAGCGGGAGAGAUACCGGGCGUGCGGAAAUCGACGUGGUAGAUAUAUACACCCGCUGUUUUGCCUGAAGGCGGAACCAGCACAAGCAAGGCAAUAGGAUACGAUAGCGCCGGCGAACAGCUCCACCCGUAAGCGGUCUUUCAAAAAUGAGAGAACGUCUAGUGUCAAACGAGGCACAAGCGAACGACGAAACUGCAUACGAUAUGACAGCGCCAGCGAACAACCCCGCCCCGUAACCAGUCAACCCGUUUUCUUCGAGGAGGAAAGGAUGAAUGACAUCCCCUGCGUUUAGCAGAUUCUGUAGAUAGACUUGUCACCAAUAUCAUGACUGAACAAGGCGCUUCAAAAGCGCAACUGCUCAACGGCUAUCCGAAAUGCACGAGAGUGGCUUCUCGGUUGAAGGUCAUCGAUUGAACACUAUCCGG